CCAAUCAUCCCCAUGCUGUCAAAUGAGACGCCGGUGACUCCCUCGGUGAAUCCUCCUGCAUUCACUGAUCCGAGCCGUGAGGAGUUUUCAAGGAGCGUUAAGGUGGAAAAGUUACUCUUAAAAAACACCUAAAGGGAGUUUCUUUUCUUCCCACAAGUCUUACUAGACUUUGUUCAGAUCUUUAUCUUUAUUAGAAAACCUCUCCUGGAGAUAACGUUUGAAGCGGAGCGCGUUAUAUGCGCAUUGAUUUUCACCUGAAUUUGCUUUGAACGACGGCCACAUGGAGUCAUCUCUGGAGUUUUCCAACUCUUUGGGCAGCGUGUCCUCCCUGCUGAGUCGCUGUCGGACCUUUAAGGUGCUGGUGAUCGGAGACUCCGCGGUGGGGAAGACCUGCCUCACACACCGACUCUGCGCCGGAGAGUUCCCCAGCAGAGUGGAGGCCACCAUCGGGGUGGACUUCCGCGAAAGGCAGCUGGAUAUCAAUGGAGAGAAAAUUAAGCUCCAGCUGUGGGACACAGCGGGACAGGAGCGUUUCCGUAAGUCCAUGGUGCAGCACUACUAUCGCAAUGUCCACGCCGUGCUCUUCGUUUAUGAUGUCACCUGCCCCGCCAGCUUCAGCAGCAUGACAGCCUGGAUAGAAGAGUGCAGGCAGAACUCUGUCGGGCAGGAAAUCCCCAGGUUCCUGGUGGGUAAUAAGAGUGACCUCCGUGACCCCAGCAGGACUGACUGCCAGGUGAGCCAGGAGCAGGCGAUGAGCUUUGCCAAAGCCCACGGCAUGAUGUGUUUUGAGACCUCCGCCAAGAACCCGCCAAACAAAUGCGGGAACGCUCAACGUGGUGAUGGGGAGCUGCUGUAUCAUCAGGAUAAGGUGGAGGACAUUGUUGUUGCUGUUGGUGCCAAACUGAAGAGACAGAAGAAACCUGCAGCAGCAAACGCCUCGUCGUACGGAUCAUUUAAAGUCCUGAACAAGAAAAGACCAGAGAAAGAGCUGUGGACCUGCUGCUGAGAGACAGAGGGAACGUUGGCCCUUUCAGAUGGAAGAAUGUGACGUUUUUAGCUCUUGUGCAUGAUUGUGUGUGCGCGUUUGUGUCAAUAAGAGAAUGACCCUGCUGUGCAUAUGUUAAUUUUUGACCACAUACAUUUAUACAAUCUUUUAUUACAUCUAAAAUUACUCCCACACUGAACUUUAAUAUUUAUACUCUUUAAUAUGUGAGACGUCCUUCUUGGAAAUUGUAUGUAUAUUUGUGAUAUUUUUGUUUACACUG